AUGGAUCCUUCUGUGUAUGAGGCCGCAGAAUCGGGCGAUGUUGGUUUUUUCAGAAGAGCUAGACAUGGUGAUGUAUCAGUUCUCCAUCAGAAAACCCCCGCUCACAAAAAUAUUUUUCAUAUUGCAGCUGAAUACAAACAAUUACAUUUCUUCAGAGAUGUCCUAUUUGAUGAUCAAUCCUUGCUGUUUUGGGCUGACAAUAAGAAGGGCAACACUCCUCUCCACGUAGCUGCGAGAGUAGGCUGUGAUGAAGUUGUACAGUUCCUCAUUGAACACGCAAAGAAACUUCUGCAUAUGGAACGAGCUGACGAGGAAAGAGGACCAAAUGGUGAAGCUAACAAACUACUUCGAAUCACUAAUUUGCAAGGAGAUACAGCAUUUCAUGUUGCUGCCAAAUAG